AUGAUUAAGAGUGAGUACGCUACUUCUAAAAGGAAAAGAUGGAACGAACUGUACUCUAAUCUUGACUUCAGAACCAACGACUCUAAAUUAUGGAAACUUGUUAAAAGUCUUGAUAAACAGCAACCCCAAACAGAGAGCUGCAGCACCAUCCUGGCCCAUGACGGUAGUAUUUCUCAAAGUGAUAAAGAUGUAGCCGACAUUCUGGGCUUGCAUUACAAGAAUAUUAGUAAACUAACUUUUAGUGCCAACGAGAAAACCACCGAACGUAAGGCAAGAAACUUGGCGCAUUGCUGCCGUAGUAGAAGCUGUGGUGUACCUCUUUUUUUCGCUUGUUUCUCUAUGCACGAACUGAAACUAGCAAUUAAAGACUCUAACCUUUCUAAAUCUCCUGGCCCUGACGACAUUCGUGGUCAGAUGAUCAUGCACCUCGGAGGGAAGGACAGGAGGAUGCUGCUAGAGAUCAUAAACCUUUCUUGGCGCAUGGGUCGACUUUCUAGAAGCUGA